AUAACAUGCAUAUAUGUACGAUAAGAAAUUAAGAAUCAGAGAAAGUGCACUUAGCUUGUUGAAUGGUCGCUUCAUCCUUCUGUGUGGGGAAUUGAAUGCCGCCUUGUGCACGAAGCAACUGAUCGGUCAGCAAUAGACUCGAGCUCCGAUCCGCAACAACCUUGCCUUUGUGCCGCCGGUGGCGGAUACCUUGGGAAACUCCGAGUCUCUGGUCAGUGAUCACCAACAACCUUUCUUCGAAUGGUGCCGACAAAACUGCACUUCUCGCUCAAACACCGCUUCCCCCGUUCACCACCGCCGCCACGAACCUUCUCAACCAUUCCACUUCCGCCGCCCACUCCUCCUAGUCUCUCUCUCCUCGCCGACCAAUGCACCACAAUACACCACCUCAAACAAGUCCACGCCCAGUUGAUCCUCACCGGCCGCAUCCGCCAAGACCCCUUCGCCGCCAGCCGCCUCCUCUCCUCCUCCGCCCUCUCCCCCUUUGCCGACCUCACCCUCGCUUCUAGAAUCUUUUCCUCCCUCCCAUACCCACCCAACACCUUCAUGUGGAACACCCUCAUCCGCGCCCACGCCUCUAGCCCCAAUCCCCAUUACUCUCUCUGCCUUUACGUCUCCAUGAGGAAGCUAGGCGCUAUUCCCGGGAAACACACCUUCCCCUUUCUCCUUAAGGCCUGCUCUAACAUUCCCUCUCUGCCAGCCUGUACCCAGGUUCACACACACGUGCUGAAAUUCGGGUUGAGCUUUGAUUCCCACGUGGCCAAUGGUUUGGUCAAGGGUUACUCUGUUUCCGGAGAUUUUGCCCGUGCGCGCCUUAUGUUCGAUGAAAUGCCGGACAGGAGUUUGAGUCUUUGGACGACGAUGGUUUGUGGGUAUGCUCAGAAUCAAUGUUAUGAUGAGGCUUUGGGGCUUUUUGAUGAGAUGAUUGAGGAUGGAUUGGAGCCCAAUGCUGCGACGCUGGCUUCAGUGUUAUCGGCUUGCGCUCGGGCGGGGUAUCUUGAGCUUGGGCAGAGGAUUCAUGAGUUCAUGAAGGUGAAGGGGUUUGAAGUGAAAGUGAUUCUUGGGACGGCGUUGGUUUACAUGUAUGCAAAGAAUGGGGAGAUUGUUAUGGCUCGGAAGUUGUUUGAUGAAAUGACUGAGAGAAAUGUUGUUACUUGGAAUGUGAUGAUCUCUGGCUUGGCUGCUCAUGGACAUGUUGAAGAUGCUCUUGGUCUCUUUGAGAAGCUGAAGGAGGAGCAAGCUGUCGUCCCUAACAAUGUCACUUUCUUAGGGGUUUUGUCGGCUUGUUGUCAUGCUGGCUUGGUUGAUGUUGGUCGUGAGAUCUUUUAUUCGAUGAAAAAUGUGUAUGGGGUUGACGCAAAGAUUGAACAUUAUGGGUGCAUGGUGGAUCUUCUUGGAAAAGAGGGUAAGUUGUUAGAGGCAGAGGAACUGGUAAAGGGAAUGCCUUGGAAGCCUGAUAUUGUAAUUUUAGGAGCUUUGUUGGCAGCUUGCAAAAAUAAUGGAAAUACCAAGGUUGCUAAAAGAGUCGUAAAAGAAAUCCUUGCUCUGGAACCUCAUAAUCAUGGUGUACAUGUUGCUAUGUCGAAUAUAUAUGCAGAGGCUGGACAAUGGAAUGAAGUUUUGAGACUGAGGAAGGUUAUGAAAGAAGAAAGACUAAAGAAAACUCCAGGGUGGAGCCUUGUUGCUACUUAAUUGAGCAUUGUCCAAAAGAUUUCGUUUUUUCAAUUGUCAUAAUUAACCAAAGGAGUAGACUUAAGUUGCUCAAAUGUGCCUGAUUAAAUCCUAAAUCACUUCUAUUUGAACUGUUUCUGCUACUUGGAAGGCCAAAAUUAGUUGAGGUGGUUGCCGAAAAGGUGGUGUUGCAGUACUACUUAUUAAUGUCUGAUUGUCGCAUCCUAGUCGCAAGAACAUAAGCAACUGCUUGAGGUUCACUUCAAAGGAGUUUCUUCUUGAAAAGUGUCAUUCAAAAUGGAAUUGCCAAUAUUAAAAUUUUGGACAGAGUUAUGCUUUGGUAUGGCUAAUGUCAACAUUACUGAACGAAUGUGGGAUUCAGAUAACGUAGAAGCUUUUCAGACAAACACGGAACUCCUAUGCUCCUAUUAGGAGAAAGAUGCAUGACAUGAACACUUAAACAGGCCUUGAUCAUGUCCAAGGUGUGUUAAUGAAUGCAGAGGGUGAACAGUGUGUUAACAGCUAUAUCAUAAAA